GCGUCACGACACGCGCAAGCCCGAAAGCAACUUUGUGAUCGAUAAUGGAGUUGGGGAGACCACAUCGUGCUCAUUCUAUCACAUCGUAGUUUUCAAGUUAUAUAAAUAUUCCAGUGAUUUUUUCAUCAUUUAAUUUAUUUUAUUCAUUUUCGUCGUGUGCACAAUAAGAUUUAACUGAACGAACUUGUAGAGGGAUGAAGCAAUGCUUGUUAUCUAUUUUAUUUGUUCUUGUUGUUCUUUCUACUCCAGGACAAACUAAUGUCGUCUCUUAUGCCACUGUCAAAACAUGGGCACACAAACUUGGCUUCGAGCUAUCACAGCUGGGAAAAUACGUGACGAAUGUGGAAAAAUUCGAAGACAGUUACAAACAGGCCGAAGUAAAACCACGCGAUGGAAGUGCUCUCGUUCACGAGAUUGCCAAAGAUAUCAAAGCCAUGAUGGAAUCUAAGAUAUCAGCCAUCAAAAGGAUAAUGGAUAUCGCAGAAACUUCAGCGUUAUCAGCAAAAGACACAGUACCUGGACCAGACUUUUUGUAUAUUAAUGCAAAAAACAAUACAAUUGAUUUACAAUUCAGUAGACAUUUUGGGGGCGAAGUGAAUCUCAAUAAAUCUGCUGUUCAUGUACCAACAACAGUUUAUGACCGUGCGCCGGAUGUGAUAAAAGCAAUUAAAUGGUCAGAAGAAUUAGAUCAAACGUUUAUCAACAAUUAUGAACAUGAUCCUACGUUAUCAUGGCAAUAUUUCGGCAGUGCAACAGGAUUUAUGAGACAGUAUCCAGCAACAACGUGGAAUCCAAAGCCAGUUGAUUUAUUUGACUGUCGAACUCGUGGUUGGUACAUUGAAGCUGCUACAAGUCCCAAGGACGUUCUUAUUUUGAUGGAUAUAUCAGGCAGCAUGACUGGAAUGCGUAAAGAAAUCGCUAGACAUGUUGCUAAUAAUAUUUUGGAUACACUUGGGAAUAAUGAUUUCGUCAAUAUUAUAAUGUUUGCAAAUGAAACUCAUGAAGUAGUUCCUUGCUUCAAUGAUACCCUUGUUCAAGCGAAUCUUGCUAAUGUCAGAGAAUUGAAAGAGGCUAUAGCAGAGAUAAGCACUGACAGAAUAGCUAAUUUUUCUUUGGUUCUAACUCAAGCAUUCAGACUUCUUGAACGUUUUCGUGUGAAUAGAGAAGGUGCAGCAUGCAAUCAGGCAAUAAUGCUUAUCACCGAUGGAGUUCCGUAUAAUUACAAAGAAAUAUUUCAACAGUGGAAUUGGAACAAUACUGAUGAGCCAGACAAGACUGAUAUGCCUGUGAGAGUGUUUACUUAUCUGAUUGGUCGUGAAGUAACUGAUGUAAGAGAAGUUAAGUGGAUGGCAUGUGCUAAUCGAGGAUAUUAUGUACAUUUAUCGACUUUUGCUGAAGUUAGAGAACAGGUUCUCAAUUAUGUACCUGUGAUGGCAAGACCUUUAGUCUUAGGGAGAACAGAUCAUCCCACAAUCUGGACACCAGUUUAUGCUGAUGUAACAGAUCCCAAAAUGACGGACUGGUUAUGGGAACAGAGAGAAUGUGAAGAGCAAAAGGAAAGAUUUCUUGCUUAUCGUAGGGACAAGAAUCUGUUUAAUUCAAAAGAUCAACGAGAUAGACGAUUUGUUCAUAAACCUAAGAAGCAUCAUGAUCAUCAUGAUGAUCUUCAAGAAUAUCAGUUAAUGACUUCUGUCAGUAUGCCUGUUUACGACAGGAGGGACAACGCGAACAUCACCGAGCAAGUGCUGAUAAAGGAGGCCUACUGGGUGACUCAAACAAGAGAGACAAGAAUAGCUGAUCUACUUGGUGUUGCUGGGACAGAUGUACCAGUACAAGAGAUACAGAAACUUAUGCUACCACACAUGCUGGGCGUUAAUGGAUAUGCUUUUAUUGUAACUAAUAACGGCUAUAUCCUUACCCAUCCUGACUUAAGACCAGUGUUUCAAGGUAUUUUAAAACCAUCAUACAAUGCUGUAGACAUGGCAGAAGUAGAGUUAAUGGACCUUGGAAGAGGUCCUAGAGAUUUCGAUGAAGGGAUAUUAACGUUCAGGGAUGAAGUAAUUAAUCAAGUUAAUGGAAGUGUAAUACUCCACACGAAAUAUCAUUAUGAUGAUAUGAAACGAGUGGGAAGAGUAAAAAGAAAAUAUGAUUACACUGGCAUAGAAAACACGCCCUUUACGGUGGUAGUUUCGUUGCCUGAGCAUGGUCACGGUAGUUACCGAGUCCAUGCCACUGAAGAAAUACAUCGAUCGCAUGUUAAUGGUAAAAAUGCGACAGACUACUUUGCAGAUAGCAAUUGGCGGGUACAUCCUGAUUGGACUUAUUGCAAAUAUCAUUACGAAGAUGAGCAUAAAUUUAAUUCCUCGGAAAAACAACUUUUGCAUUUUUUGCAACGAACCCGUCAACCUGGCUGGUUUUGGAGCGAUAAAAAGCUACCAUCUCAGCCUCCAGAGUAUUCUGUCUCUAAUUCUGCCAGCGGAGGAUCUCAUUCAAACUCCAAUACUUUGGAUAAAGAUUCAUUUUAUUGUGACAGAUUACUAUUUCAAAGUCUCGUUUAUGAUGCAAAGGUAACCGAAUGGUUUGCAAACAUCAAUACGACCCGCGAAGAAAAAGGACUUUUAGCUAGGCUGAUGAACCUCCUGCCCAGGAAAGAUUUUCAACAACGUUUUGGAGUUACUCUUGCAUUUAUGGCAACUCACAGUGGAUUAACAAGGUGGCAAGACUUUCCUAUUGAUGAUUCUCAAGAACCUAUAUCUCCAGAAGAUCAUUUUAGUAAAUUAUAUCCACGGGCUAUCGAUGAAAUUUGGUAUAAACGUGCAGUAGAACAAUAUUAUGUUCAACCAGAAAGCUUUGUAUUCUCAGUACCUAUUGAUGAUGAAGGAGCUGAUAAUGCUACUUUAGUUACUGCUAGUCGUGCUAUUUUUAUAGGUAAUGGAAAAGCUAAAGCACCAGCAGUAGUCGUUGGUUUUCAAUUUCAGCAUACAGCACUUCAAGGACUCUUUCAAAAUAUCACGUAUAGUUGUGAUAAAAAUAUCAACUGUUCGAGAGAUUGUAGUGAUGAAUCUUUAGCUUGUUAUUUGAUUGACAACAAUGGAUAUAUUAUUGCUGCCGAAAGUGAAAUGGAUGCUGGGAGAUUCUUCGGUGAAGUCAGAGGCCCUGUGAUGAGUAGUUUAGUUGAAGAUGGGAUUUAUGAUAAAAUAAGGAUAUUUGACUAUCAAGCGGUAUGCUUUAAAAACGCCCAUAGCACAAAUGAUGGCAGUAUACUUUUUACACCAUGGAAAAGUAUACAAAGUGCUGCUGCCUGGAUUUUUACUAAUUUAAUGUGGACGUGGGCUAAGUUUGGACUUUGGCAGACUGAUUACGCACAAGGAUACGACUACUUCCCAAAUGAAGAGGACGAAGGUCUUAGUGAUUAUCCUGAUGAACGAUCAUUAGAUGAGAAGGGAGAAAGGCUUUUUGAUGAUCGAGUACUAAUCAACAAGACAAGACCACAAUCUUGUGACCAAGAAGUAUACCUUUAUUUAUUGCAAAACGGUCCGUCAAAACUAUAUGAUCGAGAUUUCAAUUCAAGUAAAGGAUGUAAUCGAUCGUAUGUCGUCCAACCAGUUGAUUUCAGCAAUAUGUUAUUGAUCGUGGUCGAUAUAAAUUGUCCUAACACAGCAGAACCUCCUUUGAGGGUCGAACCUGUGGAAGUAGUUAAUCCGAAUGCUUCUCUGGCUUGUCAGAAAGUCUAUAGCAAUCUCAGACGACGAAAGCCUCAAUCUUGUAUUCGAUCACAUCCUAGGGAAAGUGAAAUAAAAGAUCGAUGCGGUAUGGCAUCGAGUAUAGGACCUAAUUCUGGUCUUCUUUUGCUACUUACUCUAUUAAUAUGUACUAUUCCAAGGCUAUUACGUAACUGAAUGGAAUAACGAAAAUAAAGUGUUUUCUCUACGACGAUGGUUCAGAGCCGAUGUCAAAUUAACAAUUUUUUAUAUCGUCAGAAUAAUUCUAACAUUAUUGCGUCGAUCGCAGAACGAAUAUUAGUCGCAAAAGUUAGCUCUAAAGCUUUAAAAAAAAAUAUCAUGAUUAAAAACAUAAUUUAUGAUGUACAGUAAAAUGUAUAAGAAUUCUCUAGUAUAAAAUUUAUAUCUUGUUGCACGUACCAUGUAAAAAUCUUGUGAGUACUGAUUUAAUUGUUAAUUUUCGUACGAGAGUAUAUAUUAAAGUAAAUAAUAAAUUAACAAAUUUUAAGUCUGUCGGAUGUUAACCUGAUGUUUUUGUUAAACAAAAUACUAUCAUAAUAUUUAAAAAAAAAAUUAAUAAAUAAAUGAAUUUUUUAUCAUAUAGAAAUUAAAUGGACCAUUUAUGGAUAUUCAAUGGAUCAGUGUACAGAAUGAUUAACAAAAAGUGAACACAAAUGAAAAAAUAAUCAGCAAAUCUUAUCAUAUGCUUAUUAUCAAAUAUUUCGACACACGAUUUAAUCCAAACAAAUUCUUAAUAUUAUAUUAGAUAGGAUUUUAUAACUUUAUGAAAAAGACGAAAAACAAAAUAUACUUAUUAUAUUCCUACGUUAAUAAUCUCGCUUUGUACAUUAUUCAACUUGAGAUACUAAAUUUAAUAUUUAUAGAAAGUAAAUAAUGUUAAUUUUGUAAAUGAAUGUAUCAUAUUUAAGACAGUAUGUAAGAUGUGUGCCUUCCAUUUAAAUUAUACGGCACGCAAUUAAACGAAAUCUUGUUGUAUGUUUUUCAAAUAAAUUAUUUA